UAUUGUGUAGUUGUUAUUGAAUCCGAUCGCAGCCUACCUAUAGGAUCCAAUCUAAGUCAUCCAGGACCCACGCAACACACACAUAAAAAAAAAAAUCAUCAAAAUCGUUCCAACCGGUAGGAGGAGUCUAGUGACAUAAAGUGACAGAAGAAUUAUGUAUAAGGGUGCACAAAAUGGAUAUUGGUAGGGUUGGUAGAGUUCAGAUCGGGGUGCGUGCGAGUGUGUUUGUUUGAAAUAAUCCAACGUGUCAUAGACUGAUAAGCAAAUUUCAUUUAUAAUGAUCAGAAAAUCAUUAACACUCUUAAUACCCAUCGUCGUAAUUUAUUCGAAAAAUAUACAAAAAUCAACUCAAAUCAAUAGAAAUAUUGAAAAGAUAGAUGUUUUGAGUGAGCACACAACGGUUAAUGAUGCUAAAAUAUUUCCAUUCAUGGCCGCUGUAUUGAAAAAAUCAAAAUUCAUUAGUGCCGGUGCUUUGAUCGAUGAGAGCUGGGUACUGACGGGUGCUGACUCACUAUUCCUAAUUAGAGAAUCUUCUAGAAUGAUUCGAGUGCGACUUGGCAGCGUUAACUAUAGAAAAGGAGGAUUCGUGACCCCUAUAAAAUUUUUCGAAAUUCAUCCGUAUUUUGAUGACAGCAAGCCAUUGUUUGACGUGGCACUCAUAAAACUACCGAAUCCAGUAAAAUUGACACCCAACUUGAACCCAAUAAGACUGCAGAAAAAGCCAAGAAAUGUGGCUGCAACACACUUCAUUGUUACAUCAUGGCCGAUUGUGAUGAAUUGGAAUCGAACUAAAAAUUACCGAAACUCGAAGGAGCUAAACAAGCAUCGUAUUCUAACAGUGUCUCAUUUACAUCCAACUGACCCUGAAGAGUGUACAGAGGAACUGGAUAUGUUGGUACCUGACCAUAAUAAUACGAGAGCCAUAAUGUGCUUUGACUCACUAAUUGGAAGUGAUCCUUGUCAGAGGGAAAUUGGUGCACCAGUUGUCUUAAACGGUAUUCUCUGGGGAAUCAUUUCUUCAUGGAAAUCAGAGGACUGUGACGUGGAAGGUGGACCGUCCUUCGCCACCCUGGUCUCAGCUAUCGACGUUAGUACCUGGAUACAUUCUACUAUUCAUGCGAAGAAAUGGAAUAAGAAACAUGUUAUAGUCGAUUAUGAGGAUAAUUACAUUUGAUACCA